GUCCCUCGCAGCGGGAACGGUCGCGGCUUUUUUUUCUACUUUUCUAGCGUUUUCUGUCUCUGCCGUCGAAGGGGCUCCCGGGGGUUGAUGUGCUUUCCGCGGUGGAUAUCGGAACCCAGCGCGCGAAUUUCUCAGGACUGUUAACGGCCGAGAAUGUCUGAGUCAUGAACAUUUGCUUGGCCGUACUGCUCCUGCCGGCAGUUUACGGCGUGUCGAUUGAUCUGAAAGGGCCUAUAUUCACGGUAGAACCUCAGUACAAACUCCAGUUCUCCAAUGACACCGGAGGUCGUGUCGACUGUGCGGCCCACGGAAAUCCACCCCCGGACAUCGAAUGGACUCUCGGUGAUGGAACUCCUGCGGUAGCUAUUCCCGGUCUAAGAACUUCAUUCCCGAACGGAACUCUUCUGUUUCCUCCGUUCUCAGCGGAGAACUACCGGCAUGAUGUCCACACCGCCAUCUACCGGUGCAAGGCCCGAAACCUAGCAGGCAUCGCCCUCAGCAGACUCGUUUACAUCCGCGCUGUGGUGAAGCACAAAUACGAGGUGCAAGUUUACGACGAAUACGUGAUCAGCGGUAACACAGCUGUGCUCCGGUGCCGCGUCCCGAACCACGUCACGGAGUUCAUCAUGGUGACCUCAUGGAUUCAAGAUGGCGACGUCAAUAUCUACCCCAAUACCGACACAGGAGGCAAGUAUGCAGUGUUGGACUCUGGAGAGAUUUAUAUCUUCAAUGCUGGGCCGGGAGAUGGCUACAAAAAUUUUGUCUGUCGAACCGUUCAUCGACUUACUGGCGAAACACAGUCAAGUGUGUAUCCUGGGAGAAUCAUCAUCACAGAGCCAAAGGAGAGCGUCCAGCCAACAAUAUCGGUAGAAAAACAUGCUAAAAAACAAGUAAAGUUGGGUGAGGAUGUCACGCUACCGUGUGUUGCUCAAGCCUAUCCAAUCCCAUCAUACAGAUGGUUCAAAGAAGAAAAGGACCAGCUAGUGCCUUUACGCUAUAACGAUAGAAUUUAUAUCCUGGCAGCCGGAUUACUGAGAAUCAACAAGGUGCGCUUAGAUGACCGGGGAAAAUACAUUUGUUGGGUUAACAACACUGCUGGAGAGGACACCGUUCAGAUGAUUCUCUCUGUAUCUUCUCCACUGCGAGUAUUAAUGCAGCCACAGUUUUCGGUGGUCGAUGUUGGCAAAGAGGCUUCAUUCCAGUGCAUCAUUAGUGGUUUUCCUUCGGAUCGUGUUUCAUGGUACUACAACGGAAGACCGUUAGUCAAUAGCGGAAGAGUUCACAUCAGUUCAGAUCCUGAGAGGUUAAUCGUUUCCCUCCUGACGAAAGAAGAUCAUGGAAUUUAUCAGUGUUUUGUUAACAAUGACUGGGACAUGGCCACCGGGACGGCGCAGUUGCAACUAGGAGAUGCAAGUCCAGAACUAAUACACUGGUUUUCCGAACAAACCCUUCAACCUGGCCCUCCUGUUUCCUUGAAAUGUGUUGCCACCGGAAAUCCUCCGCCUCAGUUCAUUUGGACUUUGGACGGAUUCCCUCUUCCGGACUCCACAAGAUUUCUUGUCGGACAGUAUGUUACGGUUCAUGAUGAUGUCAUCAGUCAUGUUAAUAUUUCAAGUGUCAAGGAAGAGGAUGGUGGAGAGUAUUCAUGCUCUGCCCGAAAUUCAGUGGCAACUGUCUCACACAGCGCCAGGAUCAACGUUUAUGGGCUUCCAUUCAUAAGAGUCAUGCCGAGAGUGACAGCAGUCGCUGGAAGUAAUUUAAUAAUUAAGUGUCCUGUGGCCGGCUACCCAAUCGAGUCAGUAAUCUGGGAGCAGGAUGGCUCUGUUCUUCCCAUGAAUCGUCGACAAAGGGUCUACUCAAAUGGGACACUGGUGAUAGAGCAAGUGCAGCGGUCGUCUGAUGCAGGGAUGUACACUUGCCAGGCUCAAAACCGCCAAAAAUACACUGCACGGCGAGACGUUGAAAUUCAGGUUUUAGUCCCUCCGAAAAUCAUGCCGAUCCAGCCGAUGACCAAUUUGCUGCGGGAAGGAAUGAGAGCAGCGAUAUCAUGCCAGAUUCUAGAGGGGGAUCUCCCGGUUACAUUUAAGUGGGAGAAAGACGGAGUGGACAGUGAAUCGCUAAACCUGGGCGCCAAUUUGAGGAGAAUUGACGAGUACUCUGCUUCGCUCAUCAUCGAGAGAAUCAGCUCCAUGCACACGGGAAAUUACACUUGCAUCGCUCAAAAUCUAGCCGGGAUCGAAAAAUAUACCAUACCCUUGACUGUGAAUGUUCCCCCCAGAUGGACUGUAGAACCCAUGGAUUCCAGCGCAGCCUCAGGUCAAGAUACAACGCUGAAUUGCCAAGCAAGUGGAUAUCCUGUCCCAAGCAUCAUCUGGAGAAAAGCCAUAGGAAACCACCCUGGAGAGUACAAAGAUUUUUUAUACGAACCAAAUGUCAAUUUUUAUCGAAACGGAACCCUACUGUUUCGUCAGGUCUCAAAAGAUAGCGAAGGACAUUAUUUGUGUGAGGCCAAAAACGAGAUCGGAUCCGGUGUCAGCAAAGUCAUAUUUCUCAAAGUUAAUGCACCAGCAUACUUUCCACAAAAAUCAAAGCAAAUGCAGGUGAAGAAAGGUGAAAACGCCCACCUCCAAUGCACGGCACUUGGGGACAACCCGAUCGAAAUUAUGUGGAAACUGAAUGGUCAGCGCAUCUCUGAAGAUAUGGAUAUGAGGUAUUCUGUAAGAGAGCAAGUACUGGAUGAAGGGACUGUUUCGGAAUUAGGUAUAAGACAAGCCCAUCGACACGACACGGGAGUUUUCACUUGCUAUGCCAGUAAUUCUUACGGACAGGAUGAGAUGAAUGUACAGCUAAUUGUUCAGGAACCACCUGAAAUGCCAAAGAACAUCCGAAUAAUGGACCAACAAAGUAGAUCUUUGCAGUUGUCUUGGACUCAAAGCUAUGCAGGAAACAGCCCAGUUAUUAAUUACAUCGUUCAGUACAAAUUAAUUUCAGAUUUGUGGUCUGCUCAACCCGCAAAAGUCGUAAUUCCAGGAACUGUAACCUCCGCUACCCUGGAAAAUUUACUUCCUGCCAGUUCUUACCAUUUGCGGAUUAUUGCUGAAAACAAACUCGGAAUGAGUGACCCCAGUGAAGUUAUUCAAGUUACCACUCAAGAAGAAGCGCCUACUGGUGCCCCUCGCGAAGUCAAAGUCGAACCUAAAAGCUCAACUGAGCUUCAUGUUAGUUGGGAGCCUCCACCGCGCGAUUCAUGGAAUGGGAACCUCCUUGGAUACUACGUUGGUUACCAAGAACUUUUAGCUCUAGUAACGUCAUCCCCGGCAUACCUCUCCACACCCGCCCAAAGUUACAACAUGAAGACAGUAGAAAUCGGCUCGCAGUUUGGAGGAGAAAUCAUCACUGGACUGGCUACGUUUACGACAUACUCUGUGGUUAUCCAAGCGUUUAAUAGCAAAGGCACUGGACCAUUGUCAGAACCGGUGAUUGCUCGAACUCUCGAAGGAGCUCCGACACUACCUCCUGAGAAAGUGGUUUGCUCAGCAGUUUCAUCCUCUAGCCUUCAAGUUCAAUGGGAGCCACCUCUUCCUGAAGGCAGAAAUGGAGUCAUCCAAGGUUACAAGGUCUCUCAUCAACCCGCUGAGGAUUGGUAUGAAAGAGAAGACUUCGAGACAAAGGUCACAACAGCCAUGAGGACAAACAUUCCAGGCCUGUUCAAAUACACCAACUACAGCAUCUCUGUACUAGCGUUCACUGCCAGUGGCGAUGGAGUGAGAAGCCCGUCCAUCUACUGCCGCACCGAAGAGGAUGUGCCUUCAGCGCCCGCCGACAUCAAGGCUUCUCUCAGCUCAGCCCAAAAAAUACUCGUCUCCUGGCUACCGCCCAAGAAUCGGAACGGGGAAUUGACCGGGUACACUGUCUACUAUUCGACUGUCGACAGCAACAAUCGGGAGGAAGGACCGCACAAGAGACAAGUUUCUAUUGAUCUGGAGGAAUAUGAGAUCAUCCGACAGCAAGAAAGUGCCGUCUAUCGAUUUUGGGUGACCGCAUCCACGAAAGUCGGUGAAGGGGAAAGUACAAAGGUUGUAAAUGUAGCACCCUCUAAGAAGGUCCCUGCAAAAAUUAUCUCAUUCAGUCAGACUUUGAUCACACCUUGGAAACGUAACCUGACCCUGCACUGUAAGAAAGUAGGCGUCCCCCUGCCACAAGCAGUUUGGCGAGCUAAUGGUAAAAUUGUCGACUCGAACGGUCGAUUCUACAUCCGGAAAGACAGCACCCUGGCAAUCCGUGACAUCCAACACUCCGAUGGUGGAAACUAUACUUGUUUCGUUGAAAAUCAAUUCGGGAACGAUGAAAUCACCUAUCGACUAGUGGUGCGCAUUCCUCCUGCCCCACCACAGUUGAUGGUUGUUGACGAAGACACCGAUAGUUUAAGUUUACAGUGGGCCAAUCAGCCGCAACUUGAUAUUCCGAUAUUAGGCUACGUUAUCAACUAUAAACGAGAACAUGGAGACUGGGAAGAAGUUCAUAUUGACUCAAAGUCCGACUCAAUUACAUUACGAAAUCUUUGGUGCGGCACUCGAUACCAACUUUACAUCACUGCCUUUAAUAAAAUUGGCACUGGGCUACCCUGUGAUAUUGUCAACGCCCAUACCAAAGGCACAACACCAAUUAAACCGACCGCAUCUCAGGUUUUAACUGUCAAUUCAAGCGCUGUUUCCGUCUGGUUGGAUGCAUGGGGUGACGGAGGAUGCCCUAUCUUGUACUACAUCAUCGAAUAUCAUGCAGACAAUCAGGCUGAGUGGUUGCUCAGCAGUAAACCCGUUCAGCCAACAGAACGAGUUUAUACGAUAUCGAACUUACUGCCAGCAACAAAAUAUUUUUUAAAAAUUACAGCACACAAUAAUAUUGGCUCAGCUGUAGCGGUGUAUAAUUUCACAACAUUAACGAUAGAUGGCGCGACGGUCACGCCUGAACAGACUCCAGUUGUCAGUGAUCCAAGCUCAUCCUCGUUUUUUAGUUUAUUUACCGUCGUUUUUCUUAUCAUUUUAGUCAUCAUGGUAUCGGCUGCUUUUGUGGGUAGCUUUUUCUACUUCAGGAAGAAGCGAUUGGAGCCGCUGACUUCAAACGUUGCUGAGUCUAUGACCAUUGCAAGACUGCAGAAUCAGCAAAAUAGAGAUCAGCAAUACGGAGUGCGAGGUCAAUCGCAGCAGCUGAGCAUCGACUCGAACACUUAUAAGACUGACUCGACUGAUUAUAUCGAAGAUAUCUGCCCAUACGCAACUUUUCAAUUAUCCAAAGCUGCCUACAGUGAAAGCUCAUAUAGUGGUAAUAUUUACAGUGGCCCAUACCAUUCGGUUCGAGGUUCAUUUGUCUAUCAUGAUCUUCCAUCGACAGCUGCCAAUACUUAUAAAUCGAGGCAUCGCAAGGAGCCUGAAUAUACAAAAGUUAGAAGAAAAGGGAGCAAGUUAAGGGAUCCGCAUUCAGAGAGUCAAGAGUCUGACAACUUGGGGAGCACUGAUAGUGAAGUAAAGAAGAUUCUAACGUUACACCUGCCUAUUUCAGAGUAUGACACUCUUGGAAGCGACUCCGAGGGCGAAGACGGAGCACAGUCGCAAGAAUUAGUGUCGUUCAGGCACCGGCUUGGAAGAGAGAUAAAUAAUCCGUGUUUAACAGAAGUGGAAAGUUCUGGUACUUCGGUUUCCUCAAACGUUCAGGGUACCGAAUUCCAAGCAGCCGAUGUUGGGAAAGCAGGAGAUGACUCAAGUUCUUCAUCUGAAUCACCAACCGCUCAUAGGAAGCAAAUACCUCCUUCACGCAAAGCUAAGAGUAAAAAUCAGGGGUUUGGAAAGCGGCCGGUGAAAAGCAGUAGUGGUUACUCUAGUCACACAGAGGAAACUACUUUUAGCUUCAACGACCGAAUUAAUCCACCCUCUCGUUUCUCCGACUCAAGGUCACACUCAAGGGAAUUGAGCGAAACGGACUGCGAUCUAAAUAAGUUAGCUAUCAGAAGAUCUUCCCGAGGCUCAACACGUCUCAGCCGAGAGGCCUCAUUCCAAAUCAAUGUCUAGUCGUGCCUUUAAAUUGUAUUUUAUUUUUUAUAUAUUGUUGACUUUAAAAAACCCAUCUUGACUGAAUAUCGAUAAUAUGAUAGUGGUCGUUUAUGCGGAUACUGUCCUAUUCAGGAUCCAUUUUUUUUAUUGUUAUUUUAUUAGCAUCCAAUGUUAAAGGGAGGUUGAAUGAAUAGUUCUCAAUAAUGUGGAUUUGUAUCUUUUAUAUAGAGAAACGGUCGAUUGCCGAGUUGCAUGCUUUCCAAAAUUGUAUAAGUGAAAUGGAGUAUUAAGCGAUAAGUCUCAGAUUUACUUAUACAUUCAAAGCUUAUGCUUGAAGACAUGCGAGUCUAUUAGCUCUAUAAAUUCUAAUAAUUUUAAUGGUCCACAGGCCAAAAUACGAAUUGAAGCGUUCUGAUAAUUAUAUCCUUCUCCCUUCUCAAAAUUUCAUGCUGAACACAGUUUGCUCAACAAUAAUUACUAAAAUUAGCUCCCCAGAAAUGAAUUAUAUAUAUAUCAAAUUUAUUGUCAAGAAAGAAAUCAGUGCAAAGAAAGAACAUGACUUUUUAGAAUACACUUAAGAAUUAUUACAACAACUAUCUCUGUUUAAAAGGUAUCCAUUUGGAUUUGUAGAUUAAGAUUUUCUACAGAAAGUUUUAGAUAGGGAGGAAUUUUAGGCUGUACAAUUUAAUAAAUUGCACAUGAAAAUAACUAGGGAAAAAAUCCAAUGGGAAAAAACCUAGUUUAGAUGAAGGAGGUGGGAUAAAACAAAACCCAGACUGCUGAAAGAGCAAAAUAACAAGAAUAAUAAGAAAAUAAAAAUAAAUAUAAAAAUAACAAAAAUAAGUAAAUAUUAAAAAUUUACUACUAGAUAACAAGGGAAAGGGUGAAGACUUCAGUACGUGAGCGCCCAGCUCUCCAUUUUAAGUAUGGAGAGGCGAGGCUGGGCGUACUCACGCCUGUGCCUGUGAAGAAAGAAUUAAUUCUAUUAUAAAUCAGUUCACAGAUAGUGAAUCAGAUUGUAGGGAAGGUUGGACUGAUUGUGGGAUCUGUACCUCUUGUUGAGGUAAGAGCUUGAGGAUAACAGACAUCAGUUUGUCAAUCUGCUCUGCUUGUUUAGUUACUAGGUGUUUAAGCUCGUUGAUUACUGUGACAUAAUCAACGCUGUUAUCAGUUGUCGUGAGUGAUACAGCUGGCUGAGGAGUUUUGUUUUCGGAAGAGCUCGGUCCUUUCAAGGCAGAACUGUAGCUCUUAUCUGAUGAUCUAAUGUUAGAAUUAAGAUUUCCUUGAUUAGGCUCGCUCUUGACUGGAAAUCUCUUUUUACUCACUUCUUUUUUGACUUUGCACCCUUGAUAGGUUGCCAAGUGGUUACCUUUGCAAAGGGCGCAAACGGGGAAGAUACACGUAGGUACAUCAGGGGUUUUACAUUCCCCUGUUUGAUGAAAUUCAGAACAGAUAGCACACCUGGGUUGACGAAAACAGUAAGAUUUAGAAUGUCCUAAUGAGAGGCAGUUUUUACACUGUAUGACAGAUUUUCUUUGAUGAGGUUUUUUGAACUUUACAAUUAAAUUGGAGAUUUCCUUAACCUGCCAAAUCAUUUCGUUAGAGCCUGGGAAAGGAAGUAAGUCUACAUAAUGCAAUGGAAGAGGAGAUUUAUCUGUAAAUUUGAGCAUGCGAGUCACAUUUUUGACGGGUAUCGUGUAUUUCUCCUCAAGACAGGAACGUAUCGUUUCCUCAGCUUGAGGAAAAUCCGUAGGGAUACCCCUGCAUACAACUCUAGUAACUUUUUCUUCUUUAAUUUGGUAGGUGAAGUAUGCUAUUUUUUUGUCCUUGAGGACCCUAGUGAGAGAACGAUAUUCAUCGAUUUUUUCUAAAAUUAUUUUAAACUGGGUUCUAUUAAUGAUUUUGAGUUUUGAAUUUUUAGAUAUUUUAUCUACUACUUCUGCUUUAAAGGUGAAGGGGUUUGGAAUUUGAGAAAUGAAAAUGGGAGGGGGGGUUAACAAUGGUUCUACUGACUUAUCGGAUUGAAGAAUAUUAAAUUUAGAACUUAAAUUAAGCGCAGGUACUGGUGGCCUAUUUGCAGGGAUAGCCUUCUUGGACGGGGCCUUAGAUGGAGAGUUGGUUAAGGACGAGUGAGAUUUCCUUCUCUUGUGGCGGGUGACAACCUGGAAGCUGUCGUUAUCUGUUUUAACACCUUGAAACUCCGAAGACUGGGUAUCUGAAAUGAUGGGUUGUAAAUCCAUGGAUUCUACUUCUGGAUCAGUUGACCCUUCGUCAGAGUCAGAAUCAGUGACAGCUUCGGGUGCAUCGAGGUCAUCAGGGCUGUAGGGCAAGCCUUUGCACUUAGAGCACUUGAAGGGGUAUUUUUUGUGUAUACACUUGCAGUCAAUAGCUGCCUUAACACUGCAUUUUUUGCAGAGAUGAGCCGACUGUUUGUGCUCACACUGUAAUAGUGUGACACUUUUUUGGGAGGCCACCUUUUUCACACUUUUCUGAGAGGGAAAAGGUCCUGCAGCGCGAACAUUGAUAGUUUGUUUACCCUUUUUGCUAUCUCCUAAGGGUGGAAAAGCACUUGAAGGGGGAGGGAACACUGGAAGGUUAGUGCAAGUACCGCACUGCUGAAAUAAAAUUCUGUGCGAGCACCAGAAUUUUUUGGUGAAAAAGUUGGAUCUUUUAAUGUCACAAAGAUUGCAAAGAUGAGCAAUUUGCUCAUGAGCACACUUCACAAAGUUUAUUCCCGGAGAAUUGGGAUCCAUUUCACACAAGGAAAAAACUCAGAAACACGGCAUGAAAGAGACUUGACCAGAAAUGAAUUAACGUUCUUUUUAAUUACCAAAAUGUCUCUGUUUCUAUUUAAUUCAUUAUUUUUUCAUUUUUGUGUAAGGGAAAUCGGAGUGGAAUAAAAAAAUUUCUCUGCCAGCGUGUCAUAAUUACGCCAAGCACACACUCAAAGGAAGCUGUGAUGAACCAAAAAAAAAAGUUAAACAGGAUUUGGCGUCCAUGUCUUCAUAAAAAUAAAAGCGUGUAGCUCUUACAGCAAUAUGCCAUAUUUGUAUUUUCAAUGUCAACCAAUGCCUUUUCAUUUAAUUUGUUUUGGUAGACUCGGCAGCCAACCGUUUCUGAAUCUAAUGUGAUUUAGUUUUAUUGCUUGGAAACCAAUCUGACCGAAAGUUCUUAAAAUAAUCCAUGUAAUUGUUUCUGUGAAAUGUCUAAAAGCUCAAUUUUAACCUUAAUCCAUUAGAUUUAAAACAUAUCUUUUUUUAUGCUGUAUUUUCUACUCAAAAAAAAUGAGCAACGUUACUUUUCAACGAAACACAAGGAUAAAAUAUUUAUAGCAUAUACUGAUACUAAGAUAGGGAGAGACUUUUUAAAAAGAGUGUAAUAUCGUCUAAUUGUUCACUAACAGAUAUCAGUCAAUUUCUCCCUAACAUUGCAAGUUUAGGCUAGUUUUGUUUUUCUCUAAAUGCUAAAGAGAAAAUUGUACGAUUCUUUGUGUCAGGAUUUCAAGUAUCAAAGUACAUUCUGGUAUGCUAAGGAAAAACGUCUUAUGAACAUUAGAGAGUUGCCGAAUUUCCCAGUGUAAAACAUGCAUUUCCGUUGAGAAAAUGUACACAUAUUUUCCCUUGAUCAUUACUAAUAUUUUAGAUGAAAUUGCAAACAAAAUUCAAAGAAAAAUAUGCACAAUUUUCUUGGUAAAUUCGGUUUUUAUUGAGAUAAAUUUGGCUAUCUCUUAAAGGUCAUAUAGCACCUAGCUCAGCAGCAUAUUGCUGCAAAACUUUAAAUGCACUUAUCUCGGUUCCGACGUUUCCAAAAAUUUGCUCUUAUCUGAAUUUUUAUAAGGAGGCGGAAUAAACAGUGUGGCUUGAUAUUUUCAUAGAAAUCUUUUCUCGCCGAGAAAAAAUGUUACUGAAGUUUUCAAGGAAUUACAUUGAGUAAUUUUUCAUGCAGAAAAUAGAGAUUGACAGGAAGUCUGCAACGUUGCGGACCGAGAUACAUGUUCCUGCAGUUUCACUAUCGCUACACUAAUAACCCAGGCAAAAAGUCUAGAGUAUCUGUGAGAAACGCCAAAGCAUCAAGAAAAAGUCUCCAAUUUUUUACAGGAUGAAACAUUUUUGAAUAUUUCCCUGCUGUGAUGAUACGAAUUUAUGCAUCAAUGCCACACUGUACACUCUAGCUCCCUGCGGUGUUAACUUGCCUGUUUUGUUGACUGAUCCUGAUACAUGUCCUGGCAGCAGGCCAUUUUUGCAGGCCUUUGUGACUAAUCUAUUUACGCAGGCCUGAUCUCCUAUUGUUGCUGCAUGAGUGGAGAGACUGUAACUACUCCUUUUCGUGAUGUCAGACUAGUGGACAUUAUAUACCAAAAACACCAAUCAUGUUUGGGUCAUCGGAGAGUCAGUAAUUAAGCGAGGCAUGACACCAAGACAAGCAGACAACCAAUAAGAGCAGCCUUUGAUCGGAUGAAGUUGUGAGAGUGGCUCAUUUCACUUGUAGUUGUUUAACAAUUUUCAGCAUUUAGCAUUUAUCUCUUCAAUUAUCAAGUAGUAUCCUGUAUGAGCUAGUCAGUCCAAUAAAGUAAAACUUCAUCCUCAUUCGAAUAGGUUUUUAUAGAAUUUGGCCUCAAAUUAAGCUCUACAAAGACGCCGGUACAAAUCUAACACGCAUCAUGCAAUCUCCUAUAAGAGCGCAUGUUAAACUGCCGCUGAGUUUCGUCCACUAGCAUGUCACUAAAACGUAGUUAUGGCCUCUCCAUUUUCUUAGGCAAAGCUCCUAUUUUACCCUCAGGGUCAUUCAUGUAAAAUAACAAUUUUAAUUCAGCUCAAACUAAUUCAGCCGAACUACACGUUUGUUUUUUUUUCUUCCUUUUUAUUUGUGAAUGAGAGGAAAGAAAUUAUUUAGGCAUUGAGCUCCUCAAUUGAGACAAUUGGCAAAAAGAAUGUCCUCUUCCUUAUUUAAAGAAAAAAAGAACCAUCAACAUGAUAUUGACUGAUAUUGUUGAACAUGUACGUCUGUUUGAUGAACUUUUCUACUUCCAGCUUUUUACUUUUUUAGUUAUUUUUCAUAAUGUAUUAAUGAAUUAAUUCAUUGAAUAAUUUAUUAAUUUGUGUACAACUUACUUAGUGAUAAAGAGGUGCAAAAGAAACGGAAAUCAUGUGAAUUUUUCACAGUUACCAUUGAGGGUCAAAUGCACGGGCAGUGUAAUACCUUUGACCAUUGCUUUGUUUCCUUUGAUCAAUGUUGAUUUUGUUUAUUUCUUAAGUUGUUUUGUUUUCUGUUUGUAAAUAAUUUAAAUAUUUAUCCUGAAAUAAUUGCUUUCACCUAAUUUCAAAAUAACCCCAUGUACUCAAAGUUCAUCCUAUGGCUAAGCAAGGUUACUCAAUGGUUACUCUCUACUACAAUGGUUACUCUCAAACCUAUCACACAAUCGUUUUCAUGGAAUACCACAUCAAUGGUGAAAGUUAAAAAAGCUCAUAUUCAAAUAGUUAUCCUUCAAAGUUUCAAUUCAAAAACUUCUCAGAACCUCUAAAUUAAUUUUAAAUAUUUUGCAUGAUAUGAACCUAUCCCAAGUAUCUAUUUUUGAAAAUCAAUUUUGAAAACUGCAAAUUAAACGAUUUAGAUGCAUCACUCGGUGUCAUAUCUAACCAAUCAUUCUCGUUCUUAGUUCAAGUAACGCAAAAUUUUGGUCUGACUUUCUGAGGGUGCUGCUGAAAAUUAUUUGGUUUUUUUAGAUUAUUAUAUUUUAUUGUUUGCAUAAUAUGAGUUGCAUUGGGUAUUAAAAUGUGACAAAUUCAACUAAUUGCUCAGAAAGCUUUACAUCUGAAUUGAUAAGAUAGCCAGUCAGUGGGUUUAAAAUAAAAGAUGGCAAAAAAUGAAACUCUGUGCCCCAUCCUUACCUGAUUUCAAAAUUAUUUAUCUUGUUUUCAAACUACUGUAAAGAAGAACUGUACAAACAAAUCAAUAAAAUACAAAUGGUUUUUCAACUUUU